GUUCGGAACAUCGGCGGCGGCGGAGGUGGGGAUCCCGCGGCUGCGGCGACGGCGGCCGCGGUGGAGCCACGGGUCUGGCUCGGCUCUGCGUGACGGCGGCCGCGGCAGCAGCGGUGGCGGCCGCGACCAGGUCGGCGUCCCGAGCUGAGCAUGGUGACAGCCUGUGCCCUCGGCCCCCUCGCCUGGCGCAGCUGGAAGAGCCGCCAGCCUCGGGAGCCGAUGGCUCCCCACGCGAGGGAGUGAGCGGCCCAGCCCAGCCCUACGGAUUGAGGGGGGACGCAGCGGCUGAGUGACCUGCGAUCACGCUGCUGCCGACCCCCUCCCACCAGUUGACGAAUGGUGGACCGAGCAACGAGUGACCCUUGUCAGGGUCGUGGAACAAUGGUGGGAAGCAAGGCGUGAGCAUCCCCUGUGGUCACCUGUAACUUCUUGGUGGAAAUAGAGGUCUGAGUCCCCAAGCCCACCCAGCGGACCCUCCUGGCCCCCACCCCAGGCUGAUGGGGCCACUGGGGCCCCAAGCAGCCACCUGACCAUCCAUACCCCACCCUGCCCAGCCAUGGCUGGCGCCGAGGGCUUCCAAUACCGUGCGUUGUACCCGUUCUGCCGGGAGCGGCCGGAGGACCUGGAGCUGCUGCCGGGCGACGUGCUGGUGGUGAGCAGGGCAGCCCUGCAGGCGCUGGGCGUGGCCGAGGGCAGCGAGCGCUGCCCACAGAGCGUGGGCUGGAUGCCUGGCCUCAAUGAGCGUACACGGCAGCGCGGCGACUUCCCUGGCACCUAUGUUGAGUUCCUAGGGCCUGUGACCCUGACCCGGCCUGGGCCUCGCCCACGUGGCCCACGCCCACUGCCUGCCAGGCCCCGAGAUGGGCCCCCUGAGCCAGCUGGGCCUUUCUUCAGCUCAAGGCACCACCUGGCCCAUCAUUCAGGGAGGCCCCGCAGGCCCCGGCUUGCUCCUGCUGUGUGCCAGGGCGUCCCCGCCAAGGGCCAAAGCUGCAUCCAAUGGUGGCCGUGCAGGCAGAGUGCGCCGGAGCACAAAAGGCUGGGCCUCACACUCCCUGACCUACCCGAGCAGUUCUCCCCGCCUGAUGUGGCUCCCCCUAUCCUGGUGAAACUUGUGGAGGCCAUUGAGCGGACAGGGCUAGACAGCUACAGGCCUGAGGCACCCGCCGCGCGCACAGACUGGUCGCUGAACGAUAUGGAGCAGUGGGACGCUGCAGCCCUAACAGAUGGCGUGAAGGGCUUCCUGCUGGCGCUGCCCGCACCCCUUGUGACACCUGAGGCCGCGGCUGAGGCACACCGAGCCCUGCGGGAGGCCGCGGGGCCCGUGGGGCCAGCGCUGGAGCCCCCGACGCUGCCGCUGCACAGCGCGCUCACACUGCGCUUCCUGCUCCAGCACCUGGGCCGGGUGGCCCGGCGCGCCCCAGCCCUGGGCCCAGCUGUGCGUGCCCUGAGCACCGCCUUCGGGCCGCUGCUGCUGCGGGCGCCGUCGCCGUCGCCGCCGCCAGGGGGCGCUCCCGACGGGACUGAGGCCACCCCCGACUUCCCUACGCUUCUGGUGGAGAAGUUGCUUCAGGAACAUCUGGAGGAACAGGAGAUUGCGCCCCCAGCACUGCCGCCAAAACCCCCCAAGGCAAAGCCAGCCCCCACAGGCCUGGCCAAUGGGGGCAACCCGCCCUCCCUGCAGGAUGCUGAGUGGUACUGGGGUGACAUCUCCAGGGAGGAGGUAAAUGAGAAACUGCGGGACACACCUGAUGGCACCUUUCUGGUCCGAGAUGCAUCUAGCAAGAUCCAGGGGGAGUACACGCUGACCCUCAGGAAAGGUGGGAACAACAAACUGAUCAAGGUCUUCCACCGAGACGGGCACUACGGCUUUUCGGAGCCACUCACCUUCUGCUCUGUCGUGGACCUCAUCACCCACUACCGCCACGAGUCACUGGCUCAGUACAACGCCAAGCUGGACACGCGGCUCCUCUACCCGGUGUCCAAGUACCAGCAGGACCAGAUCGUCAAGGAGGACAGUGUGGAAGCAGUGGGCGCCCAGCUCAAGGUCUACCACCAGCAGUACCAGGACAAGAGCCGCGAGUAUGACCAGCUCUACGAGGAGUACACACGCACCUCCCAGGAGCUGCAGAUGAAGCGCACAGCCAUUGAGGCCUUCAAUGAGACUAUCAAGAUCUUUGAAGAGCAGGGCCAGACACAGGAGAAGUGCAGCAAGGAAUAUCUGGAGCGCUUCCGGCGUGAGGGCAAUGAGAAAGAGAUGCAGAGGAUCCUGCUGAACUCAGAGCGACUUAAGUCUCGCAUUGCUGAGAUCCACGAGAGCCGCACAAAGCUGGAACAGGAGCUGCGGGCACAGGCCUCCGACAACCGAGAGAUUGACAAGCGCAUGAACAGCCUGAAGCCAGACCUCAUGCAGCUGCGCAAGAUCAGAGACCAGUACCUCGUGUGGCUCACUCAGAAAGGUGCUCGGCAGAAGAAAAUCAAUGAAUGGUUGGGGAUCAAGAACGAGACUGAGGAGGCUCCUCCCUGCCUUCCCCACAGCCAGUACUCACUAAUGGAGGAUGAAGAUGAUCUCCCCCACCACGAGGAACGCACAUGGUAUGUAGGCAAGAUCAACCGCACCCAAGCUGAGGAAAUGCUGAGUGGCAAGCGAGAUGGCACCUUCCUCAUCCGUGAAAGCAGCCAGCGGGGCUGCUAUGCCUGUUCUGUGGUGGUGGACGGCGACACCAAACACUGCGUCAUCUACCGCACAGCCACGGGCUUUGGCUUCGCAGAACCCUACAACUUGUAUGGGUCGCUGAAGGAGCUGGUGCUGCACUACCAGCACGCCUCGCUGGUGCAGCACAACGACGCGCUCACCGUCACACUUGCCCAUCCUGUGCGCGCCCCGGGCCCCGGGCCCCCACCUGCCACCCGCUGAGCUCUGAGCAGGAGAACUGGCCCAGCUGGGGUGGCAGCUACAUCCGCAGUCUCCAUCUUUUUGAACCUGUCUCUUCUUUCUUGGGUUUUCUCCAUCUCUCUCUCGUCUUUGUGAAUUUCUCCAGGUCUAUCUGUUUUUCUCUUUAUCUCUCUGCAAUUCUGUCUCUCUCAGGUUCUCCUCCAUGUCUGCCUGUCUCUCCAUCUCUCUGAGUCUCUGUGCAUCUCCCGCUGUCACACUUCGUCUCUUUCUAGCUCCAUCUGUCUGUCCUCUCUUUCCCUCUUGGUCUCUUUCCCUCUAUUGUGGGGGUCCCGCCUCCCCCGCUCCAUCCCCCUUCCCCCACCGGCACUGCCCUCCCUGCAGCUCUGGCCACCCACACCCCUGUGCCCUGCCCCUGACAGGCCCCUGGGGUCCCCAAAGCCCCACCUUGGCUGCACCUGCCAUGUUUACAGAGGCCUCCGGGCUGUGCGGCCCCGACCUGGGUACCCCGAUUUUUAAGCCAUAGACCUGGGAUCAGGGCAGGAAGGAACUUUGCUUGGCCACUUCCAAGAACCUCAUCCAUGACGUCUGGGGCCAGGCGGGACCUGCCCCACAGACCCCAACUUCCCCUUCAAAUCCUGAAGUGAAACCCAGUUAACACCACAAUGGGGCUGCUGCCAAGAAGUAACCCCAAAAAAGAAAAUAAGUAAAAAUAAACUCAUGAGCUGACCCCAGGCCUCCCAGGAACUGAGGCCACCAGCACCUCUGGGGCAGCCGACACGCAGCGCUGCCCACAGCACCUCUACGCGACGCAGACUCAAGGCUUCUCAAUCAUGUCGGGCUCUGAUUUUGUUUUUCCUCGACUGUACGUAAAGCCCUCUUUUCUCUCCUCUUUGGGACGAGAGCCCUGGUUUUCUAUGCCGCCCACGGACCCCCACCCCACCCCACCUCCUGCCUGCCUGGCCAGGCUGGCAGGCGGGUUUUGUAUGGUACGUUGAUACUGAUGUGGAUAUAAAACAUUGAACUUGA